AGCAACAGUACUCGUAGUGGUGCACCCGAAGCUAAUGUCGGCAAGUCGGAGGCAGUGACGACAAGGUUACCCCAGAGAGAGCAGCCACGCGCUUCGAAAAACAGCACGAUCACACUCGACCAGCAACUCAGGGGAUCCCAGGAAUUCAACAAUGGCUCGCAUGGGGAGGUUAGGUUUCCUCGCAGUGGCCGUGGCCUUUCACCUGAUAUAUGCAUAUUCCAUCUUCGACAUAUACUUUGUCAGUCCUAUUGUCAGUGGCAUGCGCGAGUACAGCGUAGCGCAUAAAGAAGAAGCUCCUGCGAAACGACUGGUACUGUUUGUCGGUGACGGAUUGCGCGCAGACAAGGCCUUUCAAUAUUUCCCCGACCCUUCCCCUGGGCGCGAACAGGAGGCCGACUGGCAAGAACCGCGCCCUCUUGCUCCUUUUCUUCGAUCGCGCGUACUCGAACAUGGCACCUUUGGAGUCUCGCAUACACGCGUACCGACCGAAUCCCGACCUGGUCAUGUCGCCUUGAUCGCUGGCUUGUACGAAGACGUUUCGGCAGUCACUACAGGUUGGAAGCUCAACCCCGUCCACUUCGAUAGCGUCUUCAAUCGCAGUCGCCACACAUGGAGCUGGGGCAGUCCUGAUAUCCUGCCCAUGUUCCAAGAGGGUGCUGUUCCUGGUCGUGUUGACGCUUUCAUGUAUGGUGCCGAAGAGGAGGACUUUAGUAAAGACGCAACUCAUCUGGACACAUGGGUUUUCGAAAGAGUCGAGGAAUUGUUUGCAAGCGCCAGCAAAGACGCUGAACUGGAUGCGCGCUUGAGACAGGACAAGAAUGUCUUCUUCUUGCAUCUUUUGGGUCUAGACACUACUGGUCAUUCCUACCGUCCCUACUCCCGCGAGUACCUGCACAACAUCAAGAUUGUUGAUCAAGGUGUUGAGAAGAUUACCGCUCUGAUUGACAAGUUUUAUGCCGACGACAAGACUGCCUAUGUCUUCACUGCGGACCACGGAAUGAGCGAUUGGGGAAGUCAUGGCGAUGGACAUCCAGACAACACCAGGACCCCACUAAUUGCUUGGGGCUCUGGAGUGGCCAAGCCUGUCACAGUAUCCUCUGGCAUUGCUCCUGGCCACGAGGAUGCCUUCUCUUCGGACUGGCACCUCGAUCAUGUUCAACGUCAUGACGUUGCUCAGGCCGACAUUGCUACCCUCAUGGCUUACCUUGCUGGCCUUCCUUUUGCUGUCAACUCGGUGGGCGAAUUGCCUCUGGAUUUCUUGUCAGCUGAUCAGCAAACUAAAGCUCAAGCUAUGCUGGUGAACGCUCAAGAGAUUUUGGAAAUGUACCGCAUCAAGGAACAUCAAAAGCAGAAUACAGUUCUACGCUACAAGCCCUUCCCAGGCUUUUCUGACGAAGAUCACUCUCCGGACCAUCGUAUUGACAACAUCAAGAAUACUAUAAGCCAAGGAAACCAUGAAAAGGCAAUUCAAGAUUCUGAUGAACUCAUGAAGUUGGGCUUGCAAGGCCUGAGAUACCUUCAAACCUAUGACUGGCUCUUUUUGCGAGCCUUGGUGACUCUGGGAUAUCUGGGAUGGAUGGCCUUUGCCUUUACAUUCGCUCUUGAUCAACACGUAUUUGAUGGUAAGAUUGAUGCCACUCGUUCCCCCACGAGCACGACCGUCUUUUCAUCAAUAUUUGUUGCACUACUUGCAUUCUUGCUAGUUCAAUCCUCUCCAUGGACUUACUACGCAUAUGCAUUCUUCCCUGUGAUGUUUUGGGAAGAGGUGUUUGCUCGUCGCCAGGCACUUUCUCAAGGCAAGGCACUGCUUUCUCAACAACUUUCUGGAAAAGAUGUACUGGGUCUCGGCUUCAAUCUGCUCGUAUUUGUCGGAAUCCUCGAGAUCAUGGUUCAAAGUUACUACCACAGAGAGAUGUACACCCUUUGUUACCUUUUGGCCAUUGUCUGGCCUCUUUCCUAUGGACUCGAAUUUGUACGCCAAAACUGGAUCAUUUCCACAACUUGGGCAUUAGCAUGCGCUUCCAUGAGUAUUUUCACAGUCUUGCCCGCCAUCAAGGUCGAAGAUAGUAGAUUGAUUCUUACGGGUGGCUUCCUUAUGCUUCUCAUUGGUAUUCUAUACAUCGCCUUUGAAAAGAGCGCCAUCGUACCGGAUACUUCAAGUCAAGAUGGACUCGCUGCACCCAAGACAGAUCGCGUUUCUAGGAUUCUUACUGGCGUGCAAAUCGGCCUCAUCGCUCUGGCCAUGGUUGUCACACGUUCCAGCGUUGCUUCAUUGCAGGCCAAGACCGGCUUACCACUUGGUGCACAGGUGACUGGCUGGAUAGUGCUAGUCUCGUCUUUGAUUCUGCCUUUCGCACACUCCUUCUCGCCCAACAACCACUACCUUCACCGAUUGGUAGUCAUCUUCCUUGCAUUCGCACCCAUGUUUAUCAUCCUCACUAUCAGCUACGAAGGUCUCUUUUACUUUGCCUUCAGUUGCACCCUAAUCACCUGGGUUAGACUUGAACAUCGCAUCUACCGCGCAUUUACCACUAGAGGCUCUCUACCCCCACCUACCAGCCCAAUCUCAGAUCUUAAUCCCCUGGCACCAGCCUUGGCAGCAUCAUCGGAUCGUGUCUCCGCUCUUGAGAAGCAUGAAUAUCGUUCGCUGACCUUGGCCGAUGCACGCAUUGCCCUCUUCUUCCUCUAUCUGCUACAAUCCGCCUUCUUCAGCACUGGAAACAUCGCUUCGAUAUCUUCAUUCAGUCUGGACGCCGUGUCUCGUCUCAUCCCUGUAUUUGACCCCUUCUCGCAGGGUGCUCUGCUCAUCAUGAAGAUUUUUGCACCUUUCGCUCUCGUGUCGGCGAACUUGGGAUUGUUGACUCGUCGCCUGAGACUAAAGUCUGGUGCACUGUUUGCAUUGGUCAUGGCGAUUGGCGAUUGGUUGACAUUGCGAUUCUUCUGGAGCGUGCGUGACGAGGGAAGUUGGCUCGAGAUUGGCGAGAGUAUCAGUGUCUUUGUCAUUGCUAGUGCGCUAUGUGUCUUUGUCGCUGGUCUUGAGAUGGUCAGUGAAGCCUUUGUUCGUGGCAUCGAAUUUGAUGACGAGGCCGAGCGCAAGCCUGCGAGUAACGUCAAGGCCAAUGGUGUCAAGGCAGAAUAG